UUGCUGGAUGCUGUUUAGAAACGCGUACGGUGUACCCCGUAUUUUGACAGAACCUUUCCAAUUAAGAAUUAACAACCGUCGUUCACCGACCGUACCUUGUCGCAUCAUUGCAGUUUACUUCGAUCAAUAAUUAUUGUCAUGGCAGGCAAGGUCGUCAUCGAGGCUUCCGCAAAACACACGGCUACGGUCAUAUUCUUUCACGGAUUGGGAGACACAGGUCAUGGCUGGGCCAGCAGUUUGGCUGAAAUCAAACCAGCUUUCGUCAAAUUGGUAUGCCCGACUGCACCAACAAUUCCAGUCACUUUGAAUUCUGGAUUCAGGAUGCCAGCAUGGUUUGAUCUCAAAGGCCUUGACCUGAGUGCUGGUGAGGACACGGAAGGAAUUCAGAGAGCUGCUGUCUCUGUCCAGAGUCUUAUUGAGGAAGAGAUCAAGGGAGGGAUUCCCUCCAAUCGUAUAGUUAUUGGUGGAUUUUCCCAAGGAGGUGCCCUGUCACUCUACUCUUCGUUGGUCACCAAACACACACUGGGUGGUGUGGUGGCUCUCUCCUGCUGGCUUCCAUUGCGUGAUAGUUUCCCAGCCAAAAUUGCCGGCAACACGGAAACUCCAAUUAUGAUGUGCCACGGAGAUUCGGAUCCUAUCGUUCCACUCCGAUGGGGAGAGCAAAGUGCAGCCCUUCUUAAGAAAUUCAACAAAUCCGUCGAAUUUCGCACCUACAAAAACUUGGCCCAUUCGUCUUCCGAUGAGGAAAUGAGGGAUCUUAAGGCAUUCAUAAUGCGUACUAUACUUUAGUAAAGGAAAAAAAAUGAAUUCUUCAAAUAUGCAGGCUCCACUGUUUAGGCGAGGAACAAGAUGGGAAAAGCGCUGUUUCGUUUAUAUGUGGAAGACGUAGAGUCAGUGGGAUACAGGCUACCCAUCCAUGUGCCUAGUGUAACCUAGUGUGCAAGUCAGAAAUUUUAAAAUUCAUCAAACUCCUCGUCUUGGCCAUUAUUCGGUGUAUGCCCUUCAAAAUAAAGUAUAUUACACUCCAA